AUGGCUUCAGAGUCUCCGGUGAGGCAGAGGCAGUCUCCUCGACGGAGAAGAGAUGAAUCUUCUAGGUCUCCUUCACCACGGACUAAGAGACUGAGAAGAGCUCAAGGUGAAAGGGAAAGGGAGGUUGGGAGAAGCAGAGACAGAGAAGACAGCAGAGGCGGAAGGGAUAAGAUAAGGAGAAGAGAAGGAGAUAAUGGAGAUCAUAAGAGAAGAGGAGGCUCAGGGAGAGAGGAGACUGUAGAAAGGAAAAGAGACGAUGAGAGGCUAACUAGAAAAAGACGUGAGAGGUCUACUUCACCGUUAGAUAGGAGUAGGCGUUCACCAGAAAGAGCUUCAGCAUCAAGGCAUGAUGAGGGAUCUAAUGCAAGAGGGAGUGGCGAGGAACCCGAUGGUGAAGAUGAUUCGAUUGCUAGAAUGAAAGCUGCUGAAGAAGCUUUGGCAGCCAAGAAAAAGGAAGAACCAUCGUUUGAGCUAUCAGGGAAACUUGCGGAAGAAACCAACAAAUACAGAGGUAUCGCACUCCUCUUCAAUGAGCCACCAGAGGCUAGAAAACCUAACAAAAGAUGGAGACUUUAUGUUUUCAAGGAUAGCGAACCUUUGGAUGAGCCACUCCAGCUCCAUCGCCAAAGCUGUUAUCUCUUUGGACGUGAGAGAAGAAUCGCUGACAUUCCCACUGAUCACCCUUCUUGCAGCAAACAGCAUGCUGUUAUCCAGUACAGGGAAGUGACAGUGGAGAAACCAGAUGGUAUGGUGGAGAAGCAAGUGAAGCCUUACCUUAUGGAUCUUGGCAGCACCAACAAGACUUACAUCAAUAAAGAACCUGUUGAAUCACAACGCUACUAUGAGCUUCGCGAGAAAGAUACCAUCAAGUUUGGUAACAGCAGCCGAGAGUACGUACUAUUGCACGAGGGUUCUACAGAUUGAAUGGUUCUGCAGAAUCAAGCAGCAAAGAAUCGUGUUUUAAGAGGAUAGUUGAGCUGCUUCGUUUCUGCCUUUCUUGGAUUAGUUUAUCCACUUGUGCUGGUGACAAUCUUUGAUAUUUUGUUUAUAACAUUUAGAUAUGAUGGAAUGUUGAAUUCAAAAGAGAUUUUAAUUUCUGUUUUUGGUUUUGUAAGGUAACCAUUUUGCGAAGAGAAAAAGGAAUCUUUACUUUAAAGUUGCAGCUCCUUUAGGCGUUGGAACAAUUUGUAAAAGUAACAACACAUCGAGCCAGAACUGAGAUUUUUGGGUAGAAAAAUCGACUGUGAUUAUGUUCUUGCUCUUGACUCACCUGGUUAUUUUCAUCAUGAACCUGUUUCCACAAGAGUACCCCAUUCAUAUAUUAUGUAUGCAAUCAUUUGCCUUGAUCCUAAAAGUGGUUACGUGAAGAAUCUGUGUGUAGAAGUCUGAAACUUGAAACUGCUACGGGGGGAAAUUG